AUGAACCUUACGACCUUGCUUAUCCGCCUCUGCCUCCUACCGCUGCUCGCCUUUUCGCCCGCCUACGCCGAUGCGGAUUUUCUUGACGUUCGCACAUCACUAGAUCGCGACCGAUCCGGCAAGCGCGGCGAUCCCAAGGACAAGUACUUUCACGAAUCGACAUUCCAUUCACACUACGAUGGGCGUUUCGCGCAAAAGGAAGUCAGCGCUGACGUCCGCCUCGACCACCUCACUGCAUUAAUCCGGACUUUCCUCAGCACGAUGGCGGACUUGGGAGCAGAGACAUGGAUCAUGCAUGGCACGCUGUUGGGCUGGUGGUGGAAUGAGAAAAUCCUGCCGUGGGACAGCGACUUGGACGUUCAGGUGACUGAGCGGACCAUGGGCUUCUUGGCAAAGUACUACAAUAUGACGGAGUAUCGGUAUACGAUCGGCAACGCGCUGAAUGACGAAGAGCCUGUGUCCCGAAGCUACUUGCUGGAGAUCAACCCGCACUACACGAUUCGGGGUACGGAGGAUUACCUGAAUGUGAUUGAUGCGCGAUGGAUCGACACCGAAAAUGGACUGUUCAUUGAUAUCAGUACCGUACGAGUGGACCACGAGGAGCGGAAGAAGGGUAGGGAGGGUGCACUGAUGUGUAAGGACAAGCACACGUACCUGGAGAAAGACAUAUUUCCGUUACGAGAAGGUAUCUUCGAGGGCAUUACCGUCAAAAUUCCGUACGAGUACGAAUGGCUGCUGGAGGAGGAGUAUGGCGCAGGGAGUAUGGCUGUAACGGAAUUCGAGGGACAUAAGUUCAGUUCGACCUCGAAGUUGUGGGAGCCGAUACCAGGAUGGGUGAGACCGCCAAAGAGGAGACCGACAAGGAAGAGGCCGCCUCCAUGA